AUGCCCAUCAUAGAAAGGUCAUUUCGUAAUCAAGAGUAUAACAAUCCGAACAACCCGCCCUGGCAAAAGCUAUUGUGGGUAAAGCAAAAUUAUCCAGAUAAUUAUGUAGACAGUACAUUCUUGGACGAGUUACAAAGGAAUGUAAAUGUACGCACUUAUGAUUAUUGGACCAUGGUAUACGAGUCGGGUGUGAUUACUCAACACCUAAGCAGUGUAGUGAUAUUUAUCGCUAUAUUUAUCUAUUUACAACUACAUUCAAUAACUGGAUACAACCUCAUUUGGACUGGUUCAUUUCUUACUGGAAUUGGAUAUAUUUUUUGGGACCUUAUUAUGUUGAAGACGAGAAGCAAUUAUGAGUUUAAACGAAAAAGGGUAGCAAAAAGUGCAUUUUUCUUCUUCAUUACACUGCUUGGUCUAUCGCCAAUUUUGAAAACGCUGACAAGCCAGAUAAGCGAUGAUACCAUAUGGGCCUUGACAGUGAUCUGCUUUCUCAUCAACGUCCUAUUCCAUGAUUACAAAACAUCCACUACCAAUACCAUGAAAGGAGGGCGGUGCAAACGGGAAUUCUUGGCUCACAAUUUCCUUCAUUACAAAACUGCUUCACUGAACAGAAUACCCGGUUCAUUAUCAACAAAUGCAGCCAUUUUCGCCUCAGUAUUACUUGCAUCAAGAUUAGAUACAAAUUAUGACGUUUUUGGAUUGCUCUCUUUCGCAGUCGAAUGGUUUUCCUUGUUUCCUAUAUUUAGAAGACAUUUAAGAGACCUGAAGCCAGGGAUACAAAUCGGACUCACCGCCACUAUGCUACUUACUUGUGUUCUCAUGUUUCUCAAAAUCUCCAAAGCGGUUGUCUUUAUCUACAUUUUAGGCUUUAGCUUUCUAACCUUCAUUUGUCCAUAUUGGCUGAUAUUUAUCCAAAAGUACAAAAAUGAAAUUCAUGGACCAUGGGAUGAAGCAAGACCGCGGUUACAAAGAACUAGACGUAAUGUCUAUAGAAAAAGAACUGUUACUACUAAUUCUGCUGCUCCUCCUCCUCCUACUACUACUACUACCAACGUUAAUAGUGCACCCUCAAAUAACAACACCAAAUCAGGUUAA